CGUCACUGGUUGUUUAGAAGAGAAAAACCACGGUAUCUCGAGCUAGCAGGCUAUCUAUUCUUGAAUCGUUCCUUUAUUUCAGGCCCCUAUCCAUUAUAUGACUUAAUAUAAUUACACGUUUUUGAGACAUGUCUACUCCAGCAAGAAGACGACUAAUGAGAGAUUUCAAAAGACUUCAAGAAGAUCCACCAACCGGUGUGAGUGGUGCUCCAUCAGAAAACAAUAUCAUGCUAUGGAAUGCAGUUAUUUUUGGACCUGUGGGAACACCCUUUGAGGAUGGAACAUUUAAGCUUGUGAUAGAAUUUUCAGAAGAAUAUCCUAACAAACCUCCUACAGUUCGAUUUAUCUCCAAAAUGUUUCAUCCAAAUGUUUACGCAGAUGGCAGUAUAUGUUUAGACAUUCUUCAGAAUCGCUGGAGUCCUACAUAUGAUGUAUCUUCUAUUCUGACAUCAAUCCAGUCCUUGCUGGACGAACCAAACCCCAACAGCCCAGCAAACAGCCAAGCAGCACAACUCUAUCAAGAAAACAAGCGGGAAUAUGAAAAGAGGGUUUCUGCUAUAGUGGAGCAAAGCUGGGUUGACUCCUAAUGUUGUAAUCCACAUGCUCCAGCAUUUAUCAAGUUGUUCAAUCUUACAACUGUUUCAACCUCAUCUAAAAAAACAAAAAAACAAAACAAAACAAAAAAAACCUUAGAGUUCAUCUGCAGCAAGAGGAAAUCUAUCAAUCAAAAGGGACUUAAUUUCCAACAUUUUGCUGACCGCAUAAGUCAUUGUGCUAUUGUUUUUUUAUUGUUUUUUUUUUUAUUCUACUUUUUAUUGCAUGAUAAAUUAUUGGUAACAAUUGGUUUUUAUUUUGUUGGAUUAAUGCUGUCAAUGUGGACAUUUAGUUGUUUCAUUGGUUUAUAUUUUCUUUUAUAGCAGACUUUUGGCAAAAAUGUUGUAUAACGGCAUGUUGGGCAGGUGUAAAACACCAUAAAUCCCUAAAUUAGUUUUAGUAUUGUUUUAUUUCUUAAAUCAUAGAUGGUUAAACUGAGUUUGUAUCUGGAAAGAUUUAAACAGUGGCAGUAUGCUACCUUAUGAAGAGUACUACGCAUCAUGGUUUGGUUGAAUUAGAUAUUCGAAUCGCUUGUGUCUCAUUGGGUAUUCUUUAACACUCACCUUCAUUUGUAUGUUGCUAAAAAUAUAAGUGAAAUGUGCAUUAAUACACUGUCCUAUAAACAAAAUUAUAAUCAGUUUUAAAAUAAAGUGUGGGUUAUAUUGUGACAGCGUUGCCAGUUUGGGAUAUGUUAUGAAGUUAGUUUUUGUGAAUUUAUCCUAUAAAAACAUUUAUACUUCUAAUAUGCUGUAUAAACAAAAUAAAUUUUUUGACACUUUGA